AUUGUCUUUUGCCACAGAAAUUAUGGCUUGGACCACUGUACCAAAGCUAAAUUUGCUUAUCCCACUUCGUAAAUUAUAUAUAUAGGACCAUGAUUUCUCAGUAGCUGCGUGCCAAGCUCUUGGGCAAAUUAAUGACUGGUUCUGAGCAAAGCAAUUCAGCCUCAAUCAUGUCUGGACGCAGCGAUGAAGAAACAUGGAAUCUGGCCAUCGACCUAGCAAAUACCGUUAUUCUUCCAAUGGUACUAAAAUCAGCUCUGGAGCUCAACGUCAUCGACAUCAUUUCCACAGCUGGGAACAGUGGUGCGUCCCUCUCAGCGCCCGAGAUUGCACAACGGAUUCCGGAGGCGAAAAACCCAGAAGCACCUGUUUUACUGGACCGUAUGUUGCGUCUUUUGGCAACCUAUGAUAUAGUGAAAUGCUCGUCGAACACCAAAGAGAAUGGCGAGGCUGAAAGAUUGUAUGCUCCAGGACCCAUAUGCAAAUUCCUUACCAAGAAUAAAAAUGGGAGCGGAUCUGCUGCUCCUUUAUUGUUGUUGCACCACGAUGAGGUCUUCAUGAAGAGCUGGUACCAUUUAAAUGAAGCAAUACUUGAAGGUGGAACUCCAUUCAACAGAGCCUAUGGAAUGAAUCAAUUUGAAUACCCAGGAACUGAUCAAAGGUUCAAUAGGGUAUUCAAUGACGCCAUGUCAAGCUACACUACAUAUUUGGUGAAGAAGAUCCUUGAUGCUUACAAGGGAUUUGAUGGCCUCAAGUCGUUAGUUGAUGUGGGCGGUAAUAGUGGAGUUACUCUCAAUAGUAUCACUUCAAAAUAUCCUCAUAUUAAGGGCAUUAAUUAUGAUUUGCCUCAUGUAUUAGCCGAUGCGCCUUCAUAUCCAGGAGUGGAGCAUGUUGCAGGAGAUAUGUUUAAGAGUGUUCCAAAGGGAGAUGCAAUUAUCCUCAAGUGGGUACUCCAUGAUUGGAACGAUGAUCUUUGCUUGAAACUUCUCAAGAACUGCUGGGAAGCUCUUCCUAGUAACGGUAAGGUGAUUGUUGUGGAGUCGAUUCUACCCACGGUUCCAGAGAAUAAUGUUACUUCACAAGUUUUGCACAAGGAAGAUUUAAUGUUGUUAUCUUUUAAUGUUGGAGGAAAAGAGAGGACCCGACAGGAGUUUGAGGCCUUGGCAUCGAAAUCGGGCUUUUCAAGUUGUGAAUUUAUAUGCUGUGCUUACAAUAGCUGGGUUAUAGAGUUCCACAAAUGAGAAUGUGGAUCUUAAUUAUAUUAUUAAUUUAUGCUAUGUUGCUCUGUGCAAGAUCAUGCUACACAGAACGUGAUGUUCUGUUUCGUAUCAGUAGGAUAAUAGCAUGGUCGCUAGCUAUUUGUUUGUGAAUUUAAUGAUUGUUGUAAGCUUGAAUUGGUGUUUUUAACAAAUUUGGAAUUUGAGUCUCCA